CCACCCGCCAUACCCAAACAGGCUAGCGCAAUCUCCUCCCGUGCUUCGAGACUCAGCACGUUGAUAACCGACGUCGCAGUUUCGCGUUCUGCAGACUGGAUGCGACAAGAGCCUUCGCGCCGCCUCUCUGCUCUCCGGCCAGUAUUUGGAUGACCCCUCGGCCUAGUGAAGUCAUGAGUAUCACCUUAUCUACGAAUUUUCAUCUGGGCUUCCCCUUUCUCUUGGUUGGCCUUCUCUUACAAAGCGCCUGAGUCACCCCCUGGCCCUGUUUGCCGCAGCCACCUUACCAGUGGCAGGGCUCGAGCAGAGAGGCUCCAAGCUCUACUCUAUAUAAUAGCAUGGCACCGUUGUUCCAAAAGCGCACACCGUCAGCUCGAUCUAUGGCGCCACUGCGGAACCCACGAAACGGGGCGCCUCCCCCAAGCGAUGGCCCUCCCCCAAAGAAACGAAAGUACAUCCCAGGCGGUCCUGGAGGCGGUGGCAGGUUCAUCGAAAUAGAUGCUGUGGUUGAGAAGAAACCUAUAACCCCGACGCAAGCUCCGCCUCGAGUCAAAGAACCAAAAUCCGUCCAAAGUCUUUCCUCCCCACGUCGUCGUCGCGAAACAGCUACCACCACCCCGCUUCCCAUAUCAACUCCUCCUUCCACUCGUCCACGAAGAGACCGAACCCAAAGCCGAGGCAGAUAUAGCUCGUCUACAGCCGCCGCCCUGGCGAUCCAACAAGGCGAUGGAUAUAAGCCACGCGAAGAGCGGGGCUGGGAGGAGUUUCACGAAGACCUUGAUAUCGAAGUAAAACUGGCAGUAUUCAGUGCCGAAGAAGUUGAUGGGACUAAACCACAGCCUAUACAAAAUGGCCAGUCACAAAAUGGUACAACUCCGAGCGCUGAUGGAAAUAACAACGAUACCUCUUCAAUUACCACUCCCCAGGCCCCGCAAACACCUAUCAAAAGAAGACCUGGCCGGCCGCCAAGGCGUCCUGAUGCAAUGCUCAGAGCUCUUCUUACCCCCGAACAACCAAAGACCGUUCCACCUCCAGGACCUAAUCCACGCGAGAAACUUACGUUGCCUACGCCUAAUUUCCACCCCAGAGACCCGUUUGUUCGCUACGAGCAAAAAGGUGUGGGUCAGCAGAACUAUGUUGAUCGGACUAUGGCAAGUGUGGGAUAUCAAGAGAGUGAUCUCUUUGUUCGACACGAUCGCCAGCUCUUUCGUAUGGCAGAAGGUGCUAUAGAGGAGGAUUUAGACCUUGAUCCUCCUAUCACAGACGGAGACUCGAAUGCCGCCAUAGGGUCUCUCGGUGUCGGUAGAGUCGAAUACGAUAUGGACGAGCAAGAUGAAAAAUGGCUAGAAGAUUAUAACGCCAAACGGAAAGAUGAUCAAUUAGAACCUAUCAAACCUGCCGUCUUUGAAAUCACUAUGACAAAAAUUGAGAAAGAGUGGUAUGCUCUUGAAAAGCGGAUUCCAAAACCGAAUCCUAAGCCACCACAAACACACCGACCACGAUCUAGUUCUGCUGCUGCCGUCAAUGGUGAACCAGUCGGCGCUGGCGAAGAACAAGACAGUAAAUGUGCUGUUUGUGAUGACGGGGACUGUGAAAAUUCUAAUGCUAUAGUGUUCUGUGAUGGCUGUGAUCUUGCCGUUCAUCAAGAGUGUUAUGGUGUGCCAUAUAUUCCCGAAGGCCAGUGGCUUUGCCGGAAAUGCCAACUCAUUGGACGAGGGUCACCGAAUUGUAUUUUCUGCCCUAAUACCGAAGGUGCCUUCAAGCAGACAAACACUUCAAAAUGGUCACAUCUUCUGUGCUCAAUUUGGAUUCCUGAGGUGGGUAUUGGCAACCAGUCGCUUAUGGAGCCCGUUACAGACGUGGAAAAGGUCCCAAAGAGCCGAUGGAAGCUACAAUGUUAUAUCUGCAAACAGCGCAUGGGCGCUUCAAUUCAAUGCGGAAACAAGAAUUGCUUCGUCGCCUUUCAUGUGACAUGUGCCAGGCGGGCUCAACUCUACCUGAAGAUGAAGACUGGCCACGGGAACUCUGCCAUCAUGGAUUCUCAUUUGUUGAAAGCUUUUUGCCAUAAGCACGUCCCUCCUGACUGGCGGAAAGAACAUGGAACAGAUAUUGCCUAUGCCGAUGCAGUUGAGUACUACAAAAAUACAAUGGAUGGUAAACGAUGGGGUGACAGCCAAGCUGCAGCUCUUGCUCUCGGACCAUCAAUCCCAGACGGCGGCGAACCAACAGAAAAUAAUGUUCAUCCCGGAACAGGCCUCCAUCUGACCUUUAAUGCAGGAAGCAACAAACGGAAGCGCACUGCCGUACCCAGAACUAUCUGGAAGUUACCCUCUGGUGCUCCUGUUAUUCCUCAAACAUUGUUGAACUCUGUGGUUGCUUCUUUGCAGCGAUUUACUGUUCGCCAAAGGAAGCAAUAUGCUGAAGACGCUUGUAAAUAUUGGACGCUCAAGCGGGAAGCUCGUCGAGGAGCAGCCCUGCUAAAGCGACUACAACUUCAACUCGAGACAUUCUCUUCUAUGGAAAUGACGAGGCGGAAUUUUGUUGCUAUGGGUCCUAUUGGUCGCUCGCGACUGCAGCGUCGUAUUGAUUUUGCAGAACGACUUACUUUUGAUGUUGACAAGGUUCGCACUCUGUGUGAAAACAUGAAGCAACGUGAAACGGAGAAACUGGAGGAUGUUGAAGUACUUCGUAACAUUGUCGACACUGUCUACUUCCCCAUACCACCCUUACUUUGGCCAAUUUUCGAGAAAGUUCAAGCGCUCGAUCCUAAAGGGAUUUUUAGUCCAAGUUUACAAGCAGUCAGUGCUCGGUUGGAGUCACGAUUCUAUACAACCGUAUCCACAUUCUCGGCAGAUCUAGCACAUAUUUUCACCAAUGAGAUUGGCGUGCAGCCGGCCGAGGAUACUGCAGAACUGCAGAUGCAGAUCAGUGGAAGGGCACCUGAACUCUCCCUAGACCAGCGUGAAAAGAGAAAACUAGCAAAGCGAAUCAUCAAAUCUAUCCAACCGUCUCUCGAAGAAGCCAUUCACAAGGAGAGCGAACUGAGUGGCAAGCCUUUUGAGAAGGAACUCAAAGAACUUGAUGCCAUAUUCGAGAGCGGUGUCCUAUCUCGCAGGAUUUCCGUCAUUGAGGUCACUGACCCUGAUGCUCACGAUCUUGGUGCGUCAACUAAUGGAGUAGUUGAAGAUGAAGCUGUGGAUGAAGUGAAGGACACAAAGGCACAAUUGCGGGAAGACAAAAUGGUGACCAAAAAUGACGAGGACAUGCCAAUGCCUGAUGCAGAUACUCAACAGCCAGCGUCACAUGCGAAUGAGGAUGAAGAUCAUAAACCCACAGAGUGCAAUGGCAUUGCUCCUGUACCCUCUGACGAGGCGACCAAUGGCGAGGCAGCCGCGGAAGUGGUGGAAAUUGUCAAUGAAGACACGAAUCAGGAUGUCGCCAAAAAAGACAAUGCUAGUGUCAGUAGCUCCCAACCUCGUCCUCGGGUCAUUGGAACGGUCCGUAGCCCAAUCACACCGCCUCUGAGCUCUCAGGGUGACCAACAGCAAGGGCCACUCGCGCAAGGGGGCAUACAAUGGUACAUGCAACCAUUCGACCCUAUUGGAACAACUAUUCACGAGGAACGAUGGACGGGUCGGGAUGUGAUGCGAGGAAUGAGUGAAGAGUUGAGUGAGCUUGACGAAGACGAGCUCGAAGGCUUGGUAAACAACGAAGAAGCAAAUGGCCUCGGGCUGUCAACCGACGUCUCGGACAUGGCUAACGGGAUAAUAUCGGAACCCGUCAAGGUGCACCGCACGCGCCGGCGUGGAGGGAAUUAUAAUUAAUUCAUAGGACUCAGUUGUGUAAUUUUUGGAGUUAGUAUUGUUAGGUGCAUCCUAGUACAGGGCUAGAAGGUGGUUUUACGAUUUCUUCGAUAUUAAACUCUGGUGGGAAACUUUCUGGCCUCUUUGAUGGCUUUUUGUUCUACGAUACGUACUGCAUAUAGCCUCUAUCAAUAAAUACGGAUGACCAGGGUAAUGAUAACA